GCCACGCUUGCUUUGACACGAAAUUAGCUAAUUUAGUAGUAAUAUAAAAGUGAAACGAGUCAAAUGAGGCAUGGAACCACACAUGUCUGGCUAAAUCAAAGGGAGUUCAUUUUCCUGGCCAACGAUUGACGCAGCCCCUGGCGAGCGUUGAACUCAGCAGCUCUUGCGAAAGGAAAUUCCAAAAUUUCUGAUGCGGAUGCAUUGCACCUGUUCCCUCAACCGCUUUCAAUUCAAACCUUCCGUUUUGUUUAGAUGUACUAAUAUUCACCCAAAACCAAGCUCUAUUCGCUCAUCUAUUCUGGCCACCAUGUCCACUGUUUCCACUGAAAGCGCCGUCGCUUCCGACCAGAAUGGAUCGACCAACGACGCUCAGAAGCCAUUGCAGGUUUCAAACCGGCUGGAAAAGUUCAAAACAACCAUUUUCACUAGAAUGAGUAACUUGGCAAUUCAAUAUGGGGGAAUAAACCUUGGCCAAGGCUUCCCAAACUUCGACGGUCCUGAAUUUGUAAAGGAAGCAGCAAUUCAAGCCAUCAAAGAUGGUAAAAAUCAAUAUGCUCGUGGAUAUGGAGUGCCAGAUUUGAACUUGGCCAUUUCUGAGAGAUUCAAGAAAGAUACUGGACUUGUUGUCGACCCUGAGAAGGAAAUUACAGUUACCUCUGGGUGCACCGAAGCAAUUGCCGCAACUAUGCUUGGCUUAAUAAAUCCUGGCGACGAGGUGAUCCUUUUUGCUCCUUUUUAUGAUUCUUAUGAAGCCACUCUAUCAAUGGCUGGUGCAAAAAUCAAGUGCAUCACACUACGCCCACCAGAUUUUUCUCUCCCUAUAAAUGAGUUCAGGUCAGCAAUCUCAAAGGAUACUCGUGCUGUUCUUAUUAACACACCACAUAACCCAACCGGAAAAAUGUUCACAAGGGAUGAACUUAAUGAGAUUGCCUCUCUCUGCAUUGAGAACGAUGUGCUCGUUUUUGCUGAUGAAGUUUAUGACAAGUUAUCUUUUGAAAUGGACCAUAUUUCCAUUGCUUCUCUUCCAGGAAUGUUUGAGCGCACCGUCACCAUGAAUUCAUUAGGAAAAACAUUCUCCCUCACUGGUUGGAAGAUAGGCUGGGCAAUCGCCCCGCCUCAUUUGACGUGGGGGGUGCGACAAGCACACGCUUUCCUUACAUUUGCUACUUCCACACCAAUGCAGUCAGCUGCUGCGACAGCUCUCCGAGCACCCGAAUCUUACUAUGAGGAGCUGAAGAAAGAUUACCUAUCAAAGAAAGCCAUUUUGGAAGAGGGUCUGAAGGCAGUUGGUUUCAAGGUCUUUCCAUCAAGCGGAACCUACUUUAUUAUUGUCGAUCACACCCCUUUUGGGUUGAAGAAUGACGUCGACUUUUGCGAGUAUCUGAUCAAAGAAGUUGGGGUGGUUGCUAUUCCAACCAGUGUAUUCUACCUUAACCCAGAAGAUGGGAAAGAUCUUGUUAGAUUUACAUUCUGCAAAGAUGAGAACACUCUAAGGGCCGCUGUGGAGAGGAUGAAGGAGAAGCUAACAAGGAAGUCAUGAUUGGUGAGAGCGUAGUUUCUUCAAAGACCCAUGCUUCCAUUAUCUCUUUCCCCUGGUACUUUGGAGUUCAAUUUAUUGCAUCGAUGAAUAGAAAAUUCUAGUGGAAUAAUUCCUGCUCUGUUUGUUUGUAGCGAGUAAGAAACACUGUUACUAAUAAUUAUUUUAAAAGCUACAAUGAAAUUCAAAUCAUAAAGUUAAUUUGGAUUUUGAGGUUCUUAUAGUA